CUUCAGGGAACCAAAAGCUCCACCAUUUAACAUGAGUCGGGUGAAUGGCAGCAGUCCACAGGAGUUCAUCCUCUUAGGGUUUUCAGAUCGGCCAUGGCUAGAGCUGCCCCUCUUUGUGGUGUUCCUGGUUUCCUACAUCCUGACCAUCUUUGGCAAUAUGGCGAUAAUUCUUGUGUCCCGCCUGGAUGCCAAACUCCACACCCCCAUGUACUUUUUUCUUACCAACCUCUCCCUCCUGGACCUCUGCUAUACCACAAGUACAGUUCCCCAGAUGCUCAUAAACAUCCGCAGCACCAGGAAGGUGAUUAGCUACAGUGGCUGCGUGGCCCAGCUUUUCAUUUUCCUGGCCUUGGGUUGCACGGAAUGUUUUCUCCUGGGCGUCAUGUCCUUUGACAGGUUUGUAGCCAUCUGUCGGCCUCUCCAUUACUCGGUCAUCAUGCACCAAAGGCUCUGCCUCCAGUUGGCCGCUGCAUGUUGGAUCAGUGGCUUCAGCAACUCAGUAUUACAGUCCACGUGGACCCUUCAGAUGCCACGGUGUGGUCACAAGGAAGUGGAUCACUUCUUCUGUGAAGUCCCUGCUCUGCUCAAGCUGUCCUGUGUGGACACGACAGCAAAUGAAGCUGAACUCUUCUUCAUUAGCGUGCUGUUCCUCUUAAUACCCCUAAUUCUCAUCCUUAUAUCAUACGCUUUCAUUGUCCAAGCAGUGUUGAGAAUAAGGUCAGCUGAAGGUCGAAGAAAGGCAUUCGGGACGUGUGGUUCCCACCUCAUUGUGGUGACGCUGUUUUAUGGUACUGCCAUCUACAUGUAUCUGCAGCCACCGUCCCCUGCCUCCAAGGACCGGGGAAAGAUGGUGUCCCUUUUCUAUGGGAUCAUCACACCCAUGCUGAACCCCCUCAUCUACACACUCAGGAACAAAGAGGUAAAGGGAGCAUUCAGGAGGUUGAUUGCAAGGGUCCUCUCCAUCAAAAAAUAA